AUGGCGACCUUAAUCAUAGGUCAAAACGAAGGCCCGAGCCCCGUCGAAGGAACAGCAGAGCUGGAUCCGAAAUUCUGGAGCCUCAAGAAAACCGGGACAAACGAAUACUACCCUCCACAACUCAUCGAAGUCGAAAAUUACGAUUUCACACUUGAAGUACUUGCAAAUAAAAAGCCCAGAGAGAGUGGUAAUCGGAGGCCAUGGAUCGUUAAUUUCGAGGUCAAAUCAAUUCUAAAAUCACAGAAAAUCACAAACCUGGUCAACUUCACUCCUCGCGCUCUGCAUCUCUCACCAAGUUGUUUCAAACUCGACUAUAAGAUUAAGAAUCCAAUAUUAUUUCGACCUUCUUGCGACGUUCUCUUCUUUCGGGAGUUUGCUCACUUGCGGGAGUAUGCCAUAGCAACAAAAGGGGUUGUUACUAGUUAUACUGCGUCGACCCCGGUGGCAAAUGAGACUUUUCCAAAAGUCGAAAGGGUGGUGGUUAGAUUUGAAGUGCAGAUGCCAAUAACUUGGAGUUUCCACGACAUUUUGGUGGAACUUCUUCCAGUAAUCAAAGAGGCUGGAACGCUGAAGGGAGUCAUAUUGUUGGUGGUACAACAGUCCCUUCAAGAACGUGAGGUGGAAUUCUUGCGCAUUGACGAAGAAUUGAAAAAGCUCGUUGAGGAAAGCCCUGAUAUAUAUCCACCCCCCGUAGGUGUUUAUAUGCCCAGGGUAACCUGUAUGACAUUGGAGACUUUCGAGUCGACAUUUGGUUGGUAUGGAUUGGGUCAAACGGACAAAUGA